AUGGCAGGCGCCCCCAGUGGCGGGGCGUCCGCGUCCAGGGCGCCGCCGCCAGGGAGCGCCGCGCUGAGGCCGCAUGCCGCGGCGCGCGAGAAGAAGAAUUGGCUGAUCCACCUGCUGUACGUGCAGCAGGAGUUCAAGGAGUGCGCGGACGUCAUCGAGGAGCAGCUGCGCGAGUCCAACGGCAUGUGCGAGUAUGCCAUCUACGUGAAGGCACUGAUCCGCCGGCAGGAGGGGCGGGUGCAGGAGUCGCUGCAGCUGUUCCAGGCUGCGACGUGCAUCAACCCGCGCAACGUCCAUGCCCUGAAGCAGGUGGGCCGCAGCCUCUAUCUGCUCGGCAGGCACAGCGCGGCCAUCGAGGUCUACGACGAGUGUCAGAAAUUGUCGCCUGACGAUUGGGAGACCUGGCACAACAAGGGUUUGUGCCAUAUGCACUUGAGACACUACGAGACUUGCGUGGAUUGUUUCACGAAGGCGAACGCCAUCCAGCGGCACGACGUGACCUUCAUGCAGCUGGGCAAGGUCUAUGCUGUGCAGGAGGAUUAUAAGUCGGCCAUUGAUGUGUACACCGAUGCUCUCGAGUUCUCCCCCGAGCACGCCGAGCUGCUCACGACGCUGGGCAUCCUCUAUCUGAGGGAGCGCGAGAACUUGAAAGCAUUUGAGUAUCUUGGCAACGCCCUCACCCAUGACCCGAAGAAUGCCAAGACUAUCUUGGCUGCGGGCUCGAUCAUCCAGGACCACUCCGACAUGGACGUGGCCCUUGUUAAAUAUCGAGUGGCGGCCGUACAGGCGCCAAAUUCAGCUCAGUUGUGGAACAACAUUGGCAUGUGUUUCUUCGGCAAGACGAAGUACGUCGCGGCCAUAGCCUGCCUGAAAAGGGCUUUGUAUCUCGAUCCGUUCGAGUGGAUCAUAUCUUAUAAUUUGGGCCUUGUGCACUUGAGCACCGGCCAGUACGCAUCUGCCUUCCACUUUUUCUCUUCCAGCAUCAACUUGAAGCCCGACUGGCCAUCGUCCUAUAUGUACCUUGCCAUUACUCUGUCCCGCCUGGAGGACUUUGCCAACGCUUGCAGCGCUUACGAGAAGGCAGUAGACAUGGAUACGGACCACACGUUCCACCUCAAUUUUGCCAUAACGCUGCUCAACAAUGGCGACACCGUGGAGGCGAGGAAGCAGUUCGAGGCAUUCGAGAGUGUGUUCUCCCAGCUGGACGAGGAGCAGAAAGGAGCCGACCCGGAGGUCAACGAGCAGCGGCAGCUGCUUCAGAGGCUCCUCUCCGCCGUAGCGUAG